AAACGACAUCGCUUUCGCACUCCACAUCCCGGCAGGCAUCACUCCACUCACGUGUUCACUUCUAAACAUGGCCUUGUAAGUGGAAGCAAAUGCGCGAAUACAGAUACAUACUUCUCAGCUAUAAUUACAAAUCAGAUUCCAUUUCUUGCUUUCCUCUCUGUUUCAAAUCCAAGUAAACAGAAAAGAAAAAACGAAAAAAAAAGCACGCAGUCAUUUCGUUUUAAAAGAGAUGGGAAACGCAGACGGUAAUUUGCAGUCGCAGAUGAUGAAAAUAGUAAAUGGAGAAGCUGGUUAUCUGCUUGAAGAUGUUCCUCACUUAACUGAUUAUAUUCCUGAUCUCCCUACGUAUCCGAAUCCGUUGCAAGAUAAUCCAGCCUACUCAGCGGUCAAGCAGUACUUUGUUAAUGUGGAUGAUACUGUUGCGCAAAAGAUUGUUGUUCACAAGGAUGGUCCAAGAGGGACACACUUUCGGCGUGCUGGACCUCGGCAGAAGGUGUAUUUUAAGUCUGAUGAAGUGCACGCGUGUAUUGUAACAUGUGGUGGUCUUUGUCCUGGUCUCAAUACGGUGAUCAGAGAGAUUGUCUGUGGCCUUCAUCAUAUGUACGGUGUUACCAAAGUUCUCGGAAUUGAUGGAGGCUACAGGGGUUUCUAUUCCAAAAACACCGUUGCUUUGACCCCUAAGGUUGUCAAUGACAUUCAUAAACGUGGUGGUACUAUAUUGGGUACAUCAAGAGGUGGCCAUGAUAAAUCCAAGAUAGUUGACAGCAUUCAGGAUCGUGGAAUUAAUCAGGUCUACAUAAUUGGAGGCGAUGGAACUCAAAAAGGAGCAGCGGUCAUUUAUGAGGAAAUCCAACGGCGUGGCCUAAAAGUUGCAGUUGCUGGAAUUCCAAAAACCAUCGACAAUGAUAUUCCUGUUAUUGACAAAUCCUUUGGUUUUGACUCUGCGGUUGAAGAGGCUCAACGUGCAAUUAAUGCAGCACAUGUUGAGGCCGAAAGUACUGAGAAUGGUAUUGGUGUUGUGAAGCUAAUGGGGCGAUAUAGUGGGUUCAUUGCAAUGUAUGCUACACUUGCCAGCCGGGAUGUUGAUUGCUGUCUGAUUCCAGAGUCACCAUUCUAUCUCGAAGGACAGGGUGGUCUUCUUGAAUUUAUUGGAAAACGACUUAAAGAAAAUGGGCACAUGGUUAUUGUUAUUGCCGAGGGAGCAGGACAGGAUCUUGUUUCAAAAAGUCUGCAAUCCAUGAACCAACAGGAUGCUUCAGGGAAUAAGCUGCUUCAGGAUGUUGGGUUAUGGAUAUCUCAGAGGAUCAAGGAUCAUUUUGCGAGAGAACAUAGAAUGAACAUCACUCUGAAGUAUAUUGAUCCUACAUACAUGAUCCGUGCAAUUCCAAGCAACGCAUCCGAUAAUGUGUACUGCACUCUCCUUGCUCACAGUGCAGUUCAUGGGGCAAUGGCUGGAUACACAGGCUUCACGGUUGGACCUGUUAAUGGUCGACAUGCUUAUAUUCCUUUCAAUCGUAUCACUGAGAAGCAGAACAAUGUUGUCAUUACGGAUAGAAUGUGGGCAAGGCUCCUAUCUUCAACUGACCAGCCAAGUUUCAUGAGCCCCAAAGUGUUAACUAAAGUCAAGAAACAGGAAGAUCCUCCAACCAAGCUGGAUGGCGAUAAUUUGAAAGACGGAAACCAAUAAUUGGGAACAACAUAGGCUCCUUAUAUGACUAUGACAUGAAAGAAGCUAAGAGGAUCUAUAUUUAGUCGGAAGCUGUCCUGUCAGGGAUUAAUAUAUCGACUUUAUUAUUAUUUCUGAUUUACAUACUUGUCCUAUACACCUUUUUUUACUCUUUUGUUUUGCGAUUAAACAAGUUCUGGAGAAAUUUGUGGAGAAAAUCAUAGCUGGUUAAUGGUUGGUUGUACCGAAUGAUUUUUUGGGGAACAGGUGCUGUUAUGCUGUUAUCAUUGUUGAUCUUUA